ACUAGGCAACCCUCUUGCUGCCACCGGGGGUGGAGGGCUGAGCUGGCGGACGCAGUUGGACGCAGCUCGGGAUUGGAGGCAGCCACGUUACCACGGACCAUUUCGCAGUCGCGUACUCGCAUUCGGAAUCGGAUUCGCAGUCGCGAACGAGAUGGAUUUGGAGAUAGACACGGACAUGGAAAUGGACAUUGACAUCGACAUGGACAUGGAACUGUGAAGCGGAACCUGUUAUAACAACAGAAAAAAAAACAAAAUUCGCCUCAUCUUCAUAGCCAUCCGGAAUCCGGGACUCGGCUCUCUCCAAGAUCCUCUUACGCUCGAGACUUCUUCACUUUUAACCCACGACCGGCUACGUUUCCACGUUUAACGUAAUAGUUUCCGGCCUCCCCCCUCUUCUGUAGGAUCUCUGCCAUGGGGCAGGAGGUACAUGAGCUCCGGGCUAUCCCUCCAUGCACUGCCAGCAUGUGCGCCAUCACCAAGAUCUCGAUCUCGAUGUCGAUCACCAACCUGAUCUCGUCUCCGAUCUCAAACACUCUCCUGAUCUCUCCGCUGCCACGCUCCGCCGUGUGAGCUUCCGCCGGAAUCGGCCAAAGGGUGGCGGCGCAGUCGGAAAAUGAGCGCUUGCGAGGCGGCGUCCGCGUCCGGCGAGGAUGGCGGUGGUCCCUCCAAGUCCGAGGACAGCCAGCCGCCGGAGGAGAAGCUGGAGAAGCAACAGAAGCAGGAGAAACAAAAACAGCCGGAUAAACAGAAUGGAAAACGGGAUGGGGAAAGCCUCACAUCGCCGGAGGAAACUCGCUCCAAGAUUGAACCCACUCGGAGUACGGUGCUAGUGGAUGCCGGUGGUGCUGCUCCGUCGCUGGACGCUCUGGUGGCCUGCAAGGAUGCCCUCCUCGCCCAGAAGCUCUUCGCCAGCGGCGGUGGCGCCACACCAGGACCCUCAUCCUCGACCGUCGGAGUGGGAGCGGGUGUUAGUAUCGGAGUGGCAGCUGCCGCCAGUGGCAAGCUAAAGGAACCCAUGCGUGUGGGCUUCUAUGACAUCGAAAGGACCAUCGGCAAGGGAAACUUUGCGGUGGUGAAGCUGGCCAGGCACAGGAUCACCAAGAACGAGGUGGCCAUCAAGAUCAUCGACAAAUCCCAACUAGACCAGACUAAUCUGCAGAAGGUCUACCGCGAGGUGGAGAUCAUGAAGCGACUGAAGCAUCCCCACAUCAUCAAGCUCUACCAAGUCAUGGAGACCAAGAAUAUGAUCUAUAUCGUCUCGGAGUAUGCCAGUCAAGGCGAGAUAUUUGAUUACAUCGCCAAGUACGGUCGCAUGUCCGAGUCGGCCGCCCGCUACAAGUUCUGGCAAAUCAUCUCGGCGGUGGAGUACUGUCACAAGAAGGGCAUCGUCCAUCGGGAUCUCAAGGCGGAGAACCUGCUCCUCGACAUGAACAUGAACAUCAAGAUAGCCGACUUUGGCUUCUCCAAUCACUUCAAGCCCGGCGAGCUUCUAGCCACGUGGUGCGGCUCGCCGCCCUACGCCGCUCCGGAGGUCUUCGAGGGCAAGCAGUACACGGGUCCGGAGAUUGAUAUUUGGUCUCUGGGCGUAGUCCUGUAUGUCCUGGUGUGCGGCGCCCUGCCCUUCGACGGAUCCACGCUGCAGAGUCUGCGGGACCGAGUGCUGUCCGGCCGCUUCCGGAUACCGUUCUUCAUGAGCUCCGAGUGCGAGCACCUGAUCCGCCGGAUGCUCGUCCUGGAGCCGACGCGGCGCUACACGAUCGAGCAGAUCAAGCGGCACCGCUGGAUGUGCCCGGAGCUGCUGGAGCACGUACUGAUAGCCAAGUACAACCUGGGGGCGGAGCGGCAGUCCGGCCUGGAGCCCAGCGAGGACAUCCUGCGGAUAAUGGCCGAGUACGUGGGCAUCGGUCCGGAUAAGACGAGGGCGAGUCUGAAGAAGAACACCUACGACCACGUGGCGGCCAUUUAUCUGCUCCUGCAGGAUCGGGUUAGCCACAAGAAGGAGCAAAGCAAUGGAUCUGGAUCUGGUUCUGGAUCUGGAGCUACCUCCUCCCCUGCAUCUACAUCUGCUUCUGCUACGGUUUCUGGCUCUGCAUCCGCCUCCGCCUCCGCAUCGGCCGCCAGUCGCCUCCUCUACAAGAGCUCCAAGCAGGAGCCACAAAACCAAUCCAAGACAAUAUCCACCAGCUCGAUCCUGGCCAAGGAUCAGGCCCACAAAAGACUUAACCGCCACCAGACGGCGGUGCUGAUGAGUGAACGAUCCGGAGCCCUGGAUCCGGUCACAGCGGCGGCCUACUACGCCAAAUACGGAGGACUACCUCUGCCCCUGCCCCACGCCCACGGCCACCUGGCCGGGUAUCUGAAUGGAGCUGCGCCACCCGGUGACUUGGAGCCGAUGGUCAGUGGUGGCGGAAUAGCCCUGCCCAUGCGGUAUACUCCCCUGCCGGCAGCUGCCUCGCCCGCUCCCUCCAGCUGCUCCACAUCCGCUGGCACUGCCGCCUCCCGGAUGGGACGGCACAGUCUGAGCUCCAGUUCACCGCGAAGCCAUCGUCCGGUGGCAAUUUCCCUGAGCAUCGAUCAGAAUCCCUCAAUGGCCAAUAUGCGCUGCCGGGAGAUGAUGGAGGGCGGCGGCGGAGGAGGAGCACCUGGAGUCCCGCUGGUGUCCAAGCAACUGCAUCAGACCAUUAGCGAGUACAUCAUCAAGCAGAGCACCGAGGAUUGCCGUCAAUUAUUGCAACAGUCCACGGCCAUUGUCGAAGGCAAAGAGGAACCACCUCCAAAGCCAGAGACUACACCCACAUCCAGGGAUGCUGUGGGAUUAGGAUCAGGAUCGGGCUCUGUCUCUGGCGGAGCAGGUCCUGGCUCCUGUCCAAGUGACCCCGGCAGCAAGACAAUAAAAUCCAUGUCCAGUUCCAGCAGCUUCGACUCCACCGCCAAUCUGGGCCAGAGUUUCCGCUACAAGAUGUCCGCGGAGGCCACCAAACUAUUCCAGACUCUUCAGGAGAGCCCUCUGCCCGUUGAGCAACGGAGCAGACGUCGUGGGCACCUGGGCAGCACCAAUGGCAGUGGCGGCGACUCCGGCCAGGAGAUGAACGAAACUAAGACGAACGGAGACAGUCGCUAUGAGAAGAAGGUCCUGGCCCAAGGGAGCUCCAGCACGGACGAGGGCUGCGAGACGGAUCAGGGCAAUGAUCCAGCCUCCUGUUCGCAGGAUGCCAAGGGUACCAACGAUCAGCAGGAGGCAAGAGCAGGAGCCAGGGGAGGAGGAGCUGGCGAGGGAGGCGGCACUGGAGGCAACUCCAAUGGCGGCCCCAGCGGCUCACACUCCAGCAGUGACCUGACCCACCUAGCCGGCGCCACUGCCUCCGGCCAGAGCCAUCGGAUGCGCUCGUAUGCGAGCAGCAGCAGCUCCAGCGGCGUCCUGGCCGGCAGUGCUGGCAGCUACUCCAAGUCCUUGAGCCAGAAUCUGAGUCGCGGCUCCUCGAAGAGCAACUGCAGCGGUCCGUACGACAGCCUGGACUUUGCCCUGCCCUCCGGCAAGGGCAGCCUGCCCUCCUGCAUGGGCUCCAGCUCCAUGCUGGCCACACCCACGCCGGCCUCCGCCUCCCCAGCGGCCAUGUCCUCGGAACACUCCUCGGAGAGAUCCCUCUACGGCAGUCACAACUCCUGCAUCCAUAUGCCGGGUGCCCUGGCCCUGGGAUUGGGUCUCACUCCCAGCUCCACAUCGACGCCGACUCCCAAUCCCACUCCACCGCCGCCGCCGAACGGAGCUGGAGGAGGAGGAGGAGCAAGUGUACCGUUCCUGGACAAACGGUCGCCCAUACACUUCCGGGAGGGGCGUCGUGCCAGCGAUGGACUGGUGGCCCAGGGCCUCCUCAGCUCCGGGUCUCUGCUGGGCACCAGCCGGGUCUACGGAAGCUAUCGCUACGAGCAGGCCAAGCGACAUGGCUGGCUGGAGAUCCAGCAGCUGCAGCAGGAGGCUGCCCACGCCCACGGGCAUGGUCAUGGCCACGUCCACGGACAUCCCCAUCACCCGAACCAUCCCCCACACCAUCCGGCCGCCUACGGCCUGGAGGAACUCUGUCAAUUCCCAAAUGGUCAAUUCUACGCGCUGCCCAGCAAACACCAUCCGCUGCUGACCCUGCCGCAUCCGCAUCCGCAUCAUCAGCCCCAUCCGCAUCAUCACAAUCCUCUCCAGGCGCAGCAGCAGCAUCAUCCGCUCUACCAUCCACCCCUGAUGCUGGAAACAGCUGCCGCCGCGGCAGCAGCAGCAGCGGCAGCUGGCGGGGAUCUGUAUGGACAUGGAUGCUAUGCCCCGCCACCACCGCCGCCGGGUCUCUAUCCGCAUCAUCCUCUGGGUGUGGGCGUUGGUGUGGGGGUGGGCGUGGCCAUGCCCAUGUCGCCGAUGCAGAAGCCGCCGCUGCAACAGCAACUCCUGCAACACCGACUGCUGCAGCAGAAACGUCAAUUGUUCCAGAAACAGUACGCCCUGGAGGCCCAGUUGGCCGGAAGGCAUCACCACCACCACCAUCAUCCCCAGGCGCCGCCACAUCCCCAGCAGCAGCAGCUCCACUCCCAUCACUUUGGGCAUCCGCCGCCUAGUCAGCCGCCACCAGCACCCGCCCCGGAAUCCCACCUGGCCGAGGAGCUCUAUGAACUGGCACUGUUGGAGCGUCCGAGGAGUGGCACGCCCAGACUGCAGCACUCGAUGACGAUGCCGGGAGCACAUGCCUUCAGCCAGAUGAACCUGAAGACCACCUACAUCAGUCAGUCGGAGCAGGUGCCAAACGGUGGUGGUGGGGCAGGCGGAGGAGCGGCAGGUGGCGGUGGUGGGGGAGUCGGAGGCGCCUCUGGAGGAAGUGCAGCAUCCGCAGCACCGCCGUCCACAGCACCGGGCACACCCACAGCCGUCAAAUGCAAGCCAGGUGCCAGUCUGGAUGGUGACUACCAUACAUCCACGCCGGUGCUCAGCCUAUUCGCGCCCAACUGGCAGUCGCUGGUGAAGCCCCUCAGCGAGAGUCCCAUCCUGGAGAUGUCCGAGCAUCUGGAGUCUGGCUAGGAAUGGGGGCAUCCUAAUCGGAGAACUAAAGGGAGGAUUCUAAUCCUACCAUUUUAUUAAGAGCUCGCAAUCGCAAUUAUGAAUUAUUUGAUCUUUAUACGAUACGAUAUACACUUAUACAUACAUACAUAUAUACAACUAGCAUAUACACUCAGAAAAAUUUCCAGCAAUUUCUCAUCAAUUUCUCUUUAAAAGGAUCUCAUUUUUUUUUUUUUUUUUUUAAAUACUUGAAAAAUAAUAGCAAAAAUAAUCAAAAAAAAAAACAAUGAAGCAUUUAAUUUUUAAAAAACUGCCGUUAGAUAAAGUUUUAUAAACUUUAGUUUCGAAAUUAAUUUUAAAACAAAAAUUAUAUAUUUUAAUAUCAUUUUUAAUUUUCUGAGUGUACAUAGAACGUAUACAUACAUCGAUCGAUCGCGUAGAAGCCAUACUAUAUAUAUAUAUAUAUAUAUAUAGUAUAUAACUAGGUAUAUGACAGAGAUCCCUCCAACGAUUCCAUAUUUUCAGUAAGUUUGCACAGCAAGUUCUGCUCGUUGCAAGAGACGCAUCCAAACUGACCUGCGUAACACAGAGUUGUUUCUAAUUUCAUCAUUUCUCCAAAGUCUAUUGCCAUCUCUGUUUCUUGCAUUCAGUCCGCGCUCUCCGAUCAGACCAUGCUCAGCAGCAGAGUGUGUCCCUUUUUCCCUUUCAGCUGCUGUGCAUUCUACAACUACUAGACAAUGUGUCGCCACACCAAAGCUGUACGCACAUGUACUAUGGACAAACUAACCAUUCUACGACACGGCCUUCCUGACAACUCACACGUCCUCGUGUGUUUUGUUUUCAAUACCACGAGACUCAAUUUCUCUUUAAACUUUUCUUUAUUCUUAAACAGAUAUUUUUUUUCUUUCUUUUUACUUCAUGUAUUGGACAAAAGCUUUCAAAAAUAAAAAUCACUUACAUAAAUAUCAAAUCUUCUGUAUUCAUUACAUUUCUUCAAUUAAACAUAAUCUUAUUAAUUCAUUUUGUUAUUCUUUAAUAACAUUAUUCUCUUUUGUAAAAUAAAACCUUUGUGCAUUUCCUUUGGCACAUUUUAACAAUUUUGUAAUUCCUUUUACACGUCUUACGAUAUAACAUUAGUGUAGUUCCUUUAACACUUUUAAACAUUUGUGUAAUUCCUUUAACACAUUGAAAUAACUUUAGUGUAGUUCCUUUAACACUUUUAAACAUUUGUGUAAUUCCUUUAACACAAUGAAAUAACUUUAGUGUAGUUCCUUUAACACUUUUUAACAUUAAAUUCUGUUCGGUAUAUCUCUAUACAUUAA